AUGGAAGAAGCUGCAGCUCUUGACGGACCUGCAGGCAUGCAACCUGACGGAGUCAUACAGACAAACUACGAUACUGUCGUCGAUAACUUUAACGACAUGAACCUGAAAGAUGGCCUUCUUAGAGGUAUUUACGCCUAUGGUUUUGAAAAACCGUCUGCGAUUCAACAAACGGCGAUCAUCCCUUGCAUAAAAAAAUAUGACGUUAUCGCCCAAGCCGAAUCGGGUAUUGGUAAAACAGGAACCUUCUCAAUUUCAAUCCUGCAGAACAUUGAGACCAAGAUAGAAGAGUGUCACUUUGAUUUUGGCUGCAACCUGAGAGCUGGCUCAACAGAUCCAGAAAGUGGUACAAAUGUCAGACAAGAUAUCAGGAAACUUGAAGCUGGUAGAGUAUAUGACAUGAUUAAACGUGGCGCCUUGAAAACAAGUCACAUCAAGAUGUUCAUACUGGAUGAGACUGAGCAACUGCUGUCUCAAGGGUUCUCAGAUCAAAUCCAAGAUAUUUUCAAAACCGUCAAUGCGGACGUUCAAGUUGUGAAUGAUGAAGAUGAUAUGGAAGGAGCUGCAGCUCUUGGCGGACCUGCAAGAAUGCAACCUGACGGAGUCAUACGGACAAACUACGAUACUGUCGUCGAUAACUUUGACGACAUGAACCUGUAA